AUGAGUGGUGUAAAGGACCAGUUGUCUUGUGAUCGUGAGAGAAUGACAAGUGCAGAAGGGAGAGAUGAGUGUGGUAUACAUGUACAGAACACGUCAUUGAAUAGUAAGGUUACAAUGCUCAGUGGAGAAGAAAAAGAGAAGAACAUUCAGUACCUAAGUGCUGAAUAUCCAUUCUUCAGUUCAAAAUCUAGACGGUUGCUCAGUUUUGAAGACUGGCCUCUCGCUAUGCGACAGAAACCUGAAGAUCUUGCAGAAGCCGGUUUCUUUUAUACUGGAUGUGGAGACAGGACCAAAUGUUUCCAUUGUGGUGGUGGUUUAAAAGAUUGGGAAGAUGAUGAUGAUCCUUGGCAGCAACAUGUUCAGUGGUUUAGUGAGUGUGCUUAUGUAAAGCUUAAACUCAAA